AUGACGCAACCCUCUCCUUCGGGGCAGCAAUAUCAACCCAACCAGCCACCGCCUCCACUGCCACCACAUGCCACCGCCUCCAACUUUGGCUCCGGGAGCGGCGGCUUUGCCGAUUUUAGCUCCUACUCACAGCAGCACCAGUCACCCUCGGCGAACUCCUUCGGCGGAAGUGGCCCCACUGCGGGAACGGGCAUCGCCCGGGUCGCCUCGUCCACUGUGGAGAACCCCAGUCCGACGGCGGACUCGGCACCGGACACGUAUGACCGCUUUGGCCACGGGCACUACUUCAGCAAGAAGACAUUCCACAAGCCCACCUACUGUCACCACUGUACGGACAUGCUCUGGGGCAUCAUCGGUCAGGGCUUCAUCUGUGAAGUGUGCAACUUUGUCGUGCAUGAACGUUGUCUUAAAACGGUUGUGUCCCCCUGUUCAACAGUUGCAUCUAAUGUGAUUAAAAACCCCGUUCCGCACUGCUGGUCGACGUACGGCCACUUGAAGCGGAAGUUCUGCAACGUCUGUCGAAAGCGGAUCACCGAGGACCAGGCGGCGGUACGCUGCGAGGUCUGCGAGUACUGCGUCCACACCGAGUGCUCCGACUUUUCGGUUCCCGAUUGCAAGGAGUGCGCAACCUAUGUUCCCGAACAAGAGCUCAAAGAGGUGGUGCAGACGCACCACUGGCGCGAGGGCAACCUGCCUGCCAAUUCCAAGUGUCAUUACUGUCGGAAGGCCUGCUGGAGUGCGGAGUGCCUCGCCGGCAUGCGCUGCGAGUGGUGCGUCAUGACGGCACACGCCGCCUGCUACCGCAACCUCCCGCCGGACUGCAACUUUGGCUGGCUGCAGUCCAUCAUGCUGCCGCCCUUCUGCGUGAGCAUACCGCGCACUGACGUUCCCCUCGAGACGAUCAUCGGCGUGCAGAACAAGAAGAAGGGCGAGGCGAAUGCUCCGGAGAAAGCCGAUAAUCAGUCUGAGGGUCGAAAUAAGGACGCCGACGAGUUUCCCUCGCCGAAGGACAAGGACAAGGAUGAAGAAAUAAUCAAAGUCUUCGACGGGAACGCCUCGAUGAAGCGGAAGACCUUUCGCAGCAUCACCAUCAGCCGAAACGCCACCAAGGACCAGAUUGUGGCCGCCUGUCUGCGCGCCUUUCACAUUCACGAUGAUCCGCGCGAUUACAUCAUCACCGAUGCUUAUGCCACCCCCGAGAAGGAGAUCUCCGAGUUCAUGCCCGUGCAGAGUCUGAUUCGGAUGGAGGGCAAGCGGUGUGGGCUCUUCUUCCGCCAUCGGCCACCGAACCCCAACCAGGGCACCAUACGCGUCUACCCGGGAAGGCUCAAUGUGACGGACACCUACCGCGUGAUACAGAUCACCCUGGACACCACCGUGGAGGAGGUGAUGGUCGCCGCGUUGGACCAGUUUGGCCUCGACUCGGUGGAAAUCAACCGCUACCGCCUAGUGGAGGUUUCGCAGGAGAAGGGCUCUGUUCACGAACGCACCAUGGAUAACAACGAGAGUCCUUGGGCGAUUUUGAAGGGAUUGGCGAGGGAGUCGAUUCGGCAGAAGGAGAACACCCGCUUCUACCUGCAGCAGGUGGACGAGGUGUACUGCUCGAAGAUUGCCAUCUUUGUGGGCAACCUGCCGGCAAACCUUUCACAGAGGCACUACGAGAAGAUACUGGUCGACCUGCUAGGAAAGCCGUACAAGUACCGCGAAAUUGGCCCUAUCUACUACGAGUACGGCUCGCUGAUCAUCGCCUACGACAAUGCGGACAUUGCCGUGAAGGCCUACUACAUGCUCCGGGAGUCGCAGCACCAGGAGAAGGACCUGCUGGUGCUCCUCCUACCCAACGUCAUGCCCGAGCUAAUAACUAAGGGCGUCCGGCCUUUGCUGGUCUUUGUGAACGUCAAGAGCGGCGGCUGCCAGGGCCUGGAGCUCAUCUCCUCAUUCCGAAAGCUGCUCAACCCUUACCAGGUCUACGACCUGGAGAACGGCGGACCACUGCCUGGACUGUACGUCUUUCGGAAGAUCAAGGACUACAAGAUACUGGUGUGCGGCGGCGAUGGCACCGUCGGCUGGGUGCUCCAGUGCCUCGACAAUGUCGGCCAGGAGUCAGAGUGCGACACGCCCCCUUGCGGCAUUGUCCCCCUCGGCACGGGCAACGACCUGGCGCGGGUGCUCCGCUGGGGCCCCGGCUACACCGGCCAGGAGGACCCGGUGGGCGUGCUGAAGGACGUCAUUGAGGCGGAGGAGAUUCGGCUCGACCGGUGGACGGUCAUCUUUCGGUCGGAUGAGCCGAACCGGCCGCCGCCGAUUGACCUGCUGGAGCGGAAUCAAAUUCAGGUGCAAAGUAAGGGCGAGGGUAGCGAGGACUGCAUUCUGGUGAUGAACAACUACUUUGGCAUGGGCAUCGACGCAGACCUCUGUCUGGGCUUUCACAAUGCCCGUGAGGAGAAC